AUGGUCCGAAAAUGGAAGGUGGGCGUCAAAGGGAAGGGGAUGAGCAGCAAAAAGGGGCACCUGUCCAACGUCCGUGACACUCACGGCGCAAUCUCUGACCUAGUUCGGAGCAAGGAGGGGAUCUACCAGGAGUACUUUGGUGGAAUCACCGAUCUCCUGGAGAGUGAGCCCUCGAACGAUGAGGGGCACUUAGAGUCGGACCUGGACUGGGCGGAGAUGGAGGAGUUUGACAUGGCGGAGCCAGAUUGGGAGCCGGGAUCAGAGGCAGAGCAGGGUCGGGAGCAGGAAGCGGAGAAGGGGCCGGAGCAGGCGCAGGAGUAG